GUGCCCUGGUUGUUGAGGUUCCACAUCGUCAAAUUUGGAGUAGACCUCCGAGGACCUCGAGUUGGUGCAGUUCUUGUUGUCUUGGCCCGUGGCCAUAGUCUGAUUGUGUGGUCGGUGUAGCAAUUAAAAAGUGGAGUACAUUUUGUUUGAGCAGGCCGCAGGUUGUUGGUCAUCGACUGAGUGGACAUUAGAUCGGGGCUGGUCUCUUAUAAAUUCGAUGCCGGGCCUUACCUGUCAUUCAGUUGGAAAACUUCAGGCCAAGCCACACGGCUUUUGAGUGUCUUUAAUGAUGCAAUUUUCUUUUCUUGUUCAUUUUUUCAGAAGUGGAUUUGGAUUACAAGCCUUUGGAUGUUCUUUUACAUUUACGACAUUGUGAUCAUCUGGCAAGGAAGUUUUCAAUUGUAAAUUUAAAAAAAAAAUUAACAACGAAACAAUAGAUAGAAUUUGUUGUAAGAACUAACAAGAUGACUGUCGUAUCAAGUCGGUCAAGCAGAGUUUGCGCUGGGGUGUCAAGAUGGCAAGAGUUGUCUUUCUACCUAGUUGUUCUAGCUCAGGUCUUGUCUAUAGUUAACGGGUCAUCUCCCCUCCCCUGCGGUGGGGUCAAAGGCCGAUACAUCUGUGAUGACGAAGACCCGCAAGUGUUUCAUAUUUGUAUGGGCAAUAAUAAAUACACGCACAGAUGCCCUGGGGAUCUACACUACAACGUGAGGACCCAGAACUGCGACUGGCCUAAGGCGGUCAACUGUGUGGAGGAAGCUCGCCAGCGCGCGCUGCAGAAACGUCUGGACGUGGAGCCAGACGCUCCGUCAAAGUUCCACGACACGGCCAAGAAACCACAGGCCAAGACUCAAGACAGUCCCGUGCCAGACAAGCAGGCGGUCCCCCGCAGCACGAGCAGACCUCAAGACAAAUCUCCGCUACCCACUCAGGUCAACCAGGCCGUAAGGCACAAGGAUUCAAACGAAUAUUCUGGAAAGUUUGACAAGAAGGGUGAGCAGUUAUCCGAUGCAAGCCUUGAAGUCACGCGCAAACCUGAAGUGAGUACUCGAUCCUUUACUUAUCAGGUGGAAAGUGAGUCUGGUAGUAUCGAUUACACAGAUGAACCCGAUUUUUCAGAAGAGAAUCGAAUCCAGCGUAUCCGGUUUUCUGACCGCAUUGUUCAACCCUAUAAAGCAACCGCUGCGCCAAAAACAUCAACGACUACCAGAAAAACGACACCAACCAGCACAACCACAAAACCGACAACCACCCGCCCGUUAAACCGCUCCCCAACCACGGUCUCACGGAGUCCGUUUAAAAAACCCACUGUUGCCUACCACCCCGUCCAGAACACCCGCAGCAGAACAGAACAGCGUGAGUUCGCCCCACAGAACCCAGUGGAGAGCAUCAAACCCAAGACCACGAGAAAACCCAAGAACGACGACCGCUGGGAUCCGUUAAUCGAAUCUGCCCCGUACAAGUCUGCCACAAACUUCGAUGACGACAUCACGUCUGUCCCAAAAUGGUACGAGACAACAGCAGACGACUCAGCCAACAGACUGGAUGAUGGCAAGAUGUCCACCAGGGCCUACUCCAAGCCACGCCAGGAGGCCUACAGAGAGAGGCCUGCCAAGAAGACUGAGGACAGUGCCGAGAAAGAAUUCGUGCCGUCCUGGGUAAAGUCCAACCAAGUCAAGUCGCAAGUAGCCAAGUCUAUCCCAAUAUCUGUGGCACACUCGCACAAUGUAGUGCAGCAAAAAGUGCAGACAACCAAAGAAACACCAACACCAACACCAACAACGGCCGCAACAUUCCAAAGAGCAAGAACAACACUGAAGAAAUUUAAGCCGAGACCCACGGAAAUUGAAGACGUCGCCAGGACCUUCACUACCGUGAAAACUGCACUCAAGGAAAAGUUUUCGCAGAAAAAAGAAGGGAAACUUUGGUACGAGGAGGAGACCGCAAAAGUUGAAUCAACAUCUAAACCGGAGGUAAAAGAACAGAAGGACGAGACGGUACAAAACAUCGUCUUCUCUAGAAGACCAGUAACAAACUCCAGAUUUUCUAGAAAAACAGAACCUGCCGUGACGUCAUCGCGUCCAGACGUUAAAGAAACAACCAAGGACGCAGUGAUAGUAACCAAGGAAAAGAUAACUCAACGCCCCAGCUACAGCGCCGCUGCCUCGACGGUCUCUAAGUCGCCAUUCGCUCCCUUUAACAGGCAAGUUGUAGGCAGGACUAGCCAAAAGCCAUCAGAUGAAACGUUUAGCCAAAAAUCAACACGGGCCAUGUCAAGCCAAAGGCCAAGCGAUGAUAAGCCUAACCAAAAAUCAAAUGAUGAGAAAUCCAAACCAAGACUAAACGAAGAAAACCCAAAGCAAAAAUCAAAAGACGAAAGUUCUCCCCAAAGACAAAAUGACGAGAAAUCUUAUCUGAUAUCAGCCGAAGACAAGUCCAGUCCAACGUCGCGUGAGGUGGACUCUGAAAAACCUGGGAAAAGUUUACCCUGGUGGUCAAAGGACCAGUUGAGAACAAGUUCACAUUCCGGCCACGCUGACCAGCCAAAGAGCUCCAGACGGGCGUACAUCCCCGCCCACCACAACACACAGAAACCCAACUACCACACUCGAACCCCCAAGUUCGACAUUGAACUUGUCCCGUCCAAUCAAGGCGGAGCAGAAGACGAGACGUCUGCACGUCGCUUCACCCCCAGGCACAAGGUCCAAGACACCAGUAAAGAGGUGGACAGAAGCUUCUCCCUACACCAGGUCAACGAGGCGGCGUCUGCUGAUCGUCGGUUCGCCCUCCACAAGGCAUACAACCCACCCAACCAAGCCGCCGCGGCAGAAGAUCGAAAGUUCGCGCUCCACAAAGCUCAGAACAGCGCCACCAACCCCUACAGCGCCGCGGCCGCUGUUGAUAAAAGGCCAGAAACUCAGCAACAACAGGCUAGUCCCAGCCGAGUGAAUGCCCCUGCAGCUUUGGAUAAGUUCUCUGUUGGUCUGAUCAAGGAAGAUCCCAAGCACGUGAACAGGGAGGUGAAAGAACAAAGUCAAUACAAGUCGCCGAUAGAGAAAUACGACUACAAGAAAGGUAAAUGCAGCAGCACCUGGUGCAAGCUGCCCGACUGCAGGUGCAUCGGCUCGGACGUGCCAGGCGACCUUGACCCUAAGGACAUCCCCCAGCUGGUCAUGCUGACCUUUGACGACAGCAUCAACGGCCAGAACAUGGGCUACUACAAGACCAUCUUCAACGGCACACUCAAGAACCCCAACGGCUGCCCCAUCAAAUCGACCUUCUUCGUGUCUGGAGACAACAGUGACUACGAGAUGGUCCGCAAGAUCCACAAGGGGGGUCACGAGAUCGCCUCCCACACCCUCAGCCACCGCAGCCCCACCACCUGGUGGGCGGACGCCGGGUUCGAGAACUGGGAGCAGGAGGUGGUCGGCAUGAAGAAGCGGCUGCACGAGAAGUCUGGCAUCCCGCUGGACGGUAUCGUCGGCAUGAGGGCGCCCUUUCUACAGGUUGGUGGUGACGCACAGUACGCCAUGUUGAAAGAAAACAGGUUCCGGUACGAUACCUCCAUGGUAACGGGGAAUCUCUACGUCAACAACGAGGCCCCAACAUGGCCGUUCACCCUGGACACGCCCCCUGACAGCAAAACAUGCAGCCUGACCCCCUGCCCCACCCGAUCCUAUCCCGGCCUGUGGGAGGUGCCGCUCAUCCGAUGGUACGGCAAUAACAGAAUCGCCUGCGCCAUGCCCGAUGCUUGCACGAUUGGCGCCGGAACAAAAGGCAGUAGAAAGUUCAUAGAGGACAACUUCAUGAGGCACUACACCACCAACAGAGCGCCUUUCGGCAUCUUCAUCCACGCCUCGUGGUUCGCCAGGAAAGACGGGAACCUGGAGGGUCUGGUCGAGUUCCUGGGGUCACUGGCCGACAAGGACGACGUGUGGGUGGUCACCGUCAACCAGGCCCUGGACUGGAUCCAGCGCCCCGUGCGGCUCUCCGCCAUCAGUGCCAUGGAUUCCUGGAUGUGCUGACCCGUGCAGUGACCCCCAUGACCCGUGCAGUGACCCCCAUGACCCGUGCAGUGACCCCCAUGACCCGAAAAAUGGACUUAGCUGACUUUGAAGAAUACCCUGAUAUUAGCGCUCUGAGUAAAGA